AGCCCUCGGUUUCUGCACCCAGCUGCCCAGGGUCACCCAGGAGAGGCUGCAGCGUGCAGAUGGGAAUGUUGGAAGAGUAACCAAGGGCUUUGGGUGUCUUAGCGCCGAUUUGAGACACCUCAGAGGGGCCGAAGCUGGGAGGACAGGGCUGCCCUUCGAGAAUGCUGCCGCGAGGAUGGAUGCUUCUUCGUCUCUCGAAGCCCCGCUUAGAGGAUAACGGUGGUCUCGGCGCUGGCACCGCCGUCCUCCUCGUGCCCGCCCUCCGCGGGGGAGGCACCGGGGGAGGCACCGGCGGCACCGGCGGGCGGGAGCGGAGGAUGCUGCUGCCGCUGCUGCCGCUGUUGCUGCUGCUGCCGCUGCCCGCGCCAGGAGGGGCGGCUGGGCUGCGGCUGGGGCUGCGCAGCCCCCGCGGCCGGGUGAGCCCCGCUUUCCUUUCCCUCACCCUGGACGCCAGCCUCGCCCGCAACCCGCGAUACGUCGCCUUGCUCAGCAACCCCAAACUGCGUGCCUUAGCAGCGGCCCUGUCCCCAGGCUUCCUGAGGUUCGGUGGCACUGAGACGGAUUUUCUUAUCUUUGAUCCCAACAAGGAUUCAACUUCAGAAGAAAAAAUCCUCUGGGAACUUCAGGCCCAUCAAGAGGAUUGUGGCUUGAGGCCUGCGUUUGCUGCUGUUGAGAAGGUGCUGCUGGCCCAGUGGCCCAGCCAGGAGAAGCUGAUACUCGCAGAGCAUGACUGGAAAAAGAACAAAAACACCACCAUUACAGGAAAUACACUGGAUAUUCUCUAUAGCUUUGCAAACUGCUCAGGUUUUCACCUGAUCUUUGGGCUCAACGCCUUGCUGCGGAAAGGUGGUUUGCAGUGGGACAGCUCGAAUGCCUGGGCUUUGCUGGACUACUGUGCAUCGCAGAGGUACAACAUCUCCUGGGAGCUCGGGAACGAGCCAAACAGCUUCAGGAAGAAAUCUGGCAUCUAUGUAGAUGGCUUCCAGCUGGGACAAGAUUUCAUUCACUUACGCCAACUCCUGAGUAACUAUACCCUCUACCGGCAUGCUAAGCUCUACGGUCCUGAUGUUGGUCAGCCCCGAAAGCAUACACAGAAGCUGCUGAGAAGCUUCCUGAAAUCAGGAGGGAAGGUGAUUGACUCUGUCACGUGGCAUCAUUACUAUGUAAAUGGUCGAAGUGCUACGAGGGAGGAUUUCUUGAGCCCUCAAGUGCUGGAUACCUUUGCCACAGCUGUACACGAAGUCCUGGAGAUUGUUGGUGAGACUGUGCCUGGCAAGAAGGUCUGGCUUGGAGAGACCAGCUCUGCCUACGGAGGGGGAGCUCCCAGGCUUUCCAACACCUAUGUUGCUGGCUUUAUGUGGUUGGACAAACUUGGGCUUUCAGCCAGGCAGGGGAUUGACGUGGUGAUGAGACAGGUUUUCUUUGGCGCAGGGACCUAUCACCUGGUGGAUGCCAACUUUGAACCUUUGCCGGACUACUGGCUCUCGCUGCUCUACAAGAAGCUGGUGGGUACCAGGGUGUUGCAUGUCACUCUGACAGGAGCCGAUGACAGCAAGCUCCGCGUCUACCUCCACUGCACGAACACCUUCCACUCCAAGUACAGAGAAGGGGAUGUGACGCUGUUUGCCUUAAACCUCUACAAUGUUACCCAACAUUUGCAGCUACCUAAUUACUUAUCGAGGAAACACCUGGAUCAGUACCUCUUACUGCCUCAUGGCAAAGAGAACAUACUUUCCAGGACCCUUCUCCACGCCACAUGUGAAGCUGCAUCAGCUUCUUAUGCUGUGCUUGGGGCACUGCCAGACACUGUAACCCCUCUCCCUCUCAUUGGUGAAAGUACAACUCUUAAAGCAGUUCCUCCAAAAGCUUGCCUUCAGAAAGGUGAGUAGGGGAGUUAUUUUAGCUGUACAGCUGUGGGUUUGUCCACACCAUGUGGGGGAAGUCUGAGGAGGGGUUGUGGUUGCUGAGGACAUCUCAGGGUUGAAAGUGGGGACACACAAAGCAAAUCAAGGUCAGGGUGCGUGUGGGGGAACAUGCCUUGCCAAGAAGCCAAGUCCUGUAUGGGAUCUGGGACAGCACCACACAUUUUUCCCCAAGCUUCACCCCAAGCUAGGGAAGUUUAGUCACAAGAUGGAGCUGUGGCCUUGUACUUUCAAAAGCUGAGGUUUUUAAUAUGUGAAAUGUAGGCUGUUCCUGCAGAGUGUGCUAGGGUGGGCCACCUCCAUCCUGACAUGCUGCAUCCUCAGGAGGAGAGGUAUCCACCAGCACUCUGGCAAACCCUUCUUAGUCAGUGGGCUUCCCAGCGAGGGCUUGCAACUCCUCAGUCUUCACCACCCUGCAAGUGGUUUGGGUGAAAAGGUCUUUCCUGAGCCUAUCUGCUGGUGAAGCACUGCGUGACCCUCCCUAACUUGCUCAGGUCUCUUCUAACCUCAAGGAAACAGGAGCAUAAAGGCCUUAAGCCAUUCAGCAGCCUUAGAACAUCCCAAGGACAAACCUGCCCAGCCAGGCUGACAUCCCGUCCAUUACAGAAAUUACCUUUUUGGCCAGAAAUCUGUAUUUGUCGACAGCUUUUCUCCCUGCCUGAGCCUUCCCCAUGUGCACGCUGCCACGGUUCAGUGUGCCACCAGCCACUGCCCUCUGGCACACAGGCUGUCAGUCUGCGGGGUGGCAAAAUGCCUCAGAGAAUACCUGUAGUCUCCUGCAUGUGUUUAUUUACAUCUACUUUUCUUAAAAAUAUAUAUAACCCGUGCCACUGUCAACACCUUAAGAUAUUUUGAGCACAGCAGGGGUAAAAAACCAAAGAACACACCACUGUAUUUCUGCUUUUAAACUGCAUGGGGUUUCAAUGAAGGGCAGGUGGGAGGGGACCGUUUUUAGAAGAUUUUAAAAAGGAUGUACUUUUGAAGUGUGAUGAAAAGUUGUGCAAUAAAAGGUUAUGUUUAACUUC